UGUGCACACAAUGACGUCGCUACGCAAGUCUGUCUGAGUCCUCCGCUGUUUGUAUUAGUCUUCAGUUGGGCGCCUUCAACAAUCUAGUAGCAAUGUGCACGUAAACAGAAAACAAACGACAGGACGUUUCGGUGAAGUCGCUGUUGACUGCUGUACGCGUACAAUGCGCUGUCGUUAAGGAUCUCGCGUCAUGCGCGCGGCACUGUGCGGUGCGUUCAGCUGUCACAACUGAAACUAGUACAUGCAAGCAGUCGCAACACUGGGAAUACUUCUAAACACAACUUAACGGCACUGUUUAGUGGCAUUUUCUCCGUUUUGUCCAUUGGAUUACUAGUGACCAGCCGUAGAGAUAACUGUCACAAUUGGGUGUCGUAAUUACGGUUUAUCAAAUGAUCCAGGUAUGGAGACUAAAAGAUACCAAAGUUACUGCGACGGGGCAAAUGCAGAAAACAAAUGGGCGCAGAUGCCGAACACCAUGGAGUACUGCUGUUCUGCAGAAGAGAGUUUGACCAACAGUGAUGUGCUCAUGGAUAUUGUUAACUCGAGCAAUGCCCCUAACGCGCCGUCUGUCUGCAAGGACAACAACUUUAAAACUACAGAGACAACAAUGCUUAGAGUUAACCAGAAUCAACCAUUACCUUUUCCCUCCUUCAACAACUCCUUCCACAACCGCAAAUCAGAAACAGACUCAAAGGAGCUCUCCAAAACAGUUGCUGAGUCUAUGGGCUUAUACAUGAAUGCUGCCAGAGAAGCAGACUUUGGCUUUGCCCAACAAGGUGCUGCGGGAGGGCAGGGUAGCCCGGAGAAACUGUAUCCUCUUUGUGGGAGAGCAAUUGAAGACAGCCAGUCCAGAACGACUGGAAGUCCAAAGAUGAAAGCUCCCCCAGCUUCAUUCCCACCUGGGGCCCAGCUACCCAAUGGUGGCCCGCAGGAGAGUGCUGUGGUCUCUGCCUCAGUGCCAUCUGCACUGGCCACCGCUCUUUCACGCAGCACCGGUGGCUCUGGCCCUAUGUCUAGUCCUACCGGACACAACAUGGUGUCGUCCACCACCAGCCCCACCUUCUUUGACUCUGAUUGUCCAUCGCUGGCUUCUGCCCGCAACAACCUGACCCAAGGUCAACACACCAGCCCCAACACCUGUAGCCCUGUAAAGUCCAGCAUGGUGGGGUCACCUCCACUGGCUAGUCCGCUCAGUGUAAUGAAGUCUCCAAUUUCCAGCCCUCAUAGUAUAGGCAGCGUGAGCUCACCGCUUUCCUGUAACACCAAUAUGAGAUCAUCCGUCUCAAGCCCCACAACAAAUGGUGGCAAUACCUGUAACAUUAGACCAUCCAUCUCCAGUCCGCCCACUGUUGGCAGCAUGACCAUGUCCAGUCCCAGGAACUCAUCCAGGGGCUUCUCAGUCUCUAGCCCUCCCAGUGGACUGGGCCUAGUUCAAAACGACGUCAACAGCCCUGAGAGCCGAGAGCACGACUUUAAAGGAUUCGAGUUCCCGAAGGUAGAAACUGUGGAUGGGGAAAUAUUUAACAUCGGCUUGGAUGCUAUGGGAGUGGCCAAAUAUAUCAAAAACGAACCUGGCACUGAUUACAGGAGUAUGUGCCUAGGCAGCAGCAAGAACGCUAUGCCGCAUUCUCCUUUCGUAACUCACAUUAAGACAGAGCCGAACAGAGAGGUGACUUGUUCAAACCUCCAGUUUGUCGAGCCCCAGCACUCUCUAGGCUGCUUUCCUUCUACAGAGACCACAUACUUGUCUUUGAGGGAUAAUAUUGACGAAUAUAGUCUUUCUGGGAUCUUGGGACCUCCUGUUUCGUCUCUGAAUGGCAACUAUGAACCUGGUGUGUUUCCUAACAAUGGCCUGCCUAAGGGGAUUAAACAGGAAACCAAUGAUGGCAGCUAUUACCAAGAGAAUAAUAAUGUGCCCACGUCGGCUAUUGUUGGCGUUAAUUCAGGUGGACAUUCAUUUCAUUACCAGAUCGGAGCGCAAGGAACAAUGUCGUUUUCACGCCACAAUCUGAGGGACCAGACGAACCCCUUGUUGAAUCUAAUUUCUCCAGUUACUGGAUUAAUGGAGACGUGGAAAACUCGCCCAGGCCUGUCACAGGGGCCUCUCUCUGCUAGAGGCGAUGGCUAUCCAGGCUCAGUCUGCCUUACAGAAAACAUGGAAAGUGCGUCUUUGAGACACACGUCUUCAACAGCCAAAGUGUGUCUGGUGUGUGGAGACGAGGCGUCAGGAUGUCACUAUGGGGUUGUUACGUGUGGAAGCUGCAAAGUUUUCUUCAAAAGAGCAGUGGAAGGUCAGCACAACUAUCUUUGUGCUGGGAGGAAUGACUGUAUCAUUGACAAGAUACGGCGGAAAAACUGUCCAGCCUGCAGAGUACGGAAAUGUCUACAAGCUGGGAUGAAUCUUGGGGCACGGAAGUCAAAGAAGUUGGGGAAGAUGAAGAGUGUUAGCGAGGAUUCUUCCCUGCAGAACUCAAAGGACGGGCCUCCGUUUCUGACCUCGGAGAAAGAGUUGAACUCGGCCAAUGCUCUUGUCCCCCACGUCCCCACGGUAGCACCGUUUCUGUCACCGUCCGUGUGUAGCGUCCUGGAGCUCAUAGAGCCCGAAGUGGUGUUCGCGGGCUAUGACAACACGCAGCCUGACACAACCGACCACCUGCUCACCAGCCUCAACCACCUCGCCGGCAAACAGAUGAUCCGCGUGGUCAAGUGGGCCAAAGUACUUCCAGGUUUCCGCAGUCUACCCAUUGAGGACCAAAUCACGCUGAUCCAGUAUUCCUGGAUGUGUCUCUCCUCCUUCUCCCUCAGCUGGAGAUCCUACAAACACACCAACGCCCAAAUGCUCUACUUCGCCCCUGACCUCGUCUUCAACGAGGAACGCAUGCGGCAAUCAGCCAUGUACGAUCUGUGUGUGGGCAUGCGGCAGGUGAGCCAGGAGUUUGUCCGUCUACAGCUAACUUACGAGGAGUACCUUGCCAUGAAGGUCCUGUUGCUGCUCAGCACAGUGCCCAAAGAUGGUCUGAAGAAUCAAGGGGCAUUUGAGGAGAUGCGGGUGAAUUACAUUAAGGAGCUCCGCCGCUCCGUUGGGAAAGCAACUAACAAUUCCGGCCAGACGUGGCAGCGCUUUUUCCAGCUCACCAAGCUAUUGGACGCAAUGCACGAACUUGUGGGGAGCCUGUUGGACUUUUGUUUCUACACUUUCCGUGAAUCCCAGGCUCUGAAGGUCGAGUUCCCCGAGAUGCUGGUGGAAAUUAUCAGCGACCAGAUACCAAAGGUGGAGUCGGGCCUAACACACACCCUCUUCUUUCAUAAGAAAUGACUGAGAGCUCACAUAAGGAGGGAAAAAUGAAGGAUCAAAUGAGAGGAAAAGCAGAGGACACCCAGCCCUCAGAGAGCGAACACGAGCAAGCCCGCUAUGCACAAAGCAAGGCGUAACGAGAGGCUUGGUUUAAAGCCAUAUAAGGCUUGCGUAGCGAGGGAAGGCAAUGAGGGAUCUCUGUACCCGGCCAACAGAGAAGAACUCAUAUUUCAUGCGACUUUGUUCCCCAAAGACAAUGCUGAGGUGUUCUAUAUGGAUAUGAAGCCAUAUUCUUUGGUAAAGCUAUAGUGCACAGUCACAUGUGAAUACGUCACACACACAGAAAUAUGGGCCCAUACUAGACAUAUCCUUGACUCCCAAACCUGUCAAUCUGCCAGUAAAUACCAUUGCAUUUGUAUGUAACUCUCAACAAUCUGCCGCUCAUUAAAUUACAGGUAAGAUUCAGUAAUAAAACAGCUUUUAUUGCUGAUUGAGACGGAGAGAUGUCCUGUAUCACUUUCAUGAAAAGUCGUUUAAAUUAGCGUGUUUGCAAAGAGGAAAUACAAUAUACUCCAAGGGCUACAAUGUGUCAAAUAGCUGACUAAUUGGUGCACGGAAGUUAUUGUAGAAAGAAUCAAAUCUAAAUUUGUCUGCAAAAAUGUGUAUUUUGAUGACUUGAAGUGUUUACAUAGUGAGUACUGGCUACGCUGUUGCAGUGGCCUGAUGAUUGAUAAGCUGAAAAAUGGCAGCUUCAAAAAAAAAAAAAGCUAUUGGAUCAGACAGAGAAACUUGCAACUUUGCAAUACAGCAAAUAUUAUGGCUCGUCUUGUAAAAAAUUUUGAGCUCACGCAAACACACGCCACAUUUUGUGUGCGAGCUUGGACUGUAGCAAAUUUAGUAAACCGUACCUAAGCUGUUACUAAACCAGCUCCCUUUUGACAUUAAGACAAAAGUACAGUACUAAUUAAAUACAGUUCCAGAAAAAAAGAGCAUUUUAUAUGAUUGUGAAGUUUUUGUUUCUCAAAGAAUCAAUCCAGCUAGAAGCCAUUUUCUAACAAGGUGCUUCUGUUUUCUUAACGUAAAUAGUAGAUGAUUUUCAGUAGCAGCACAUGUACAGUUAGAUACCGUAUGGGGAAAAUCAGCUUUUCUGAAGCAUACAGCUUUCAUAUUAGUAAACGACAAUAACGGCCGUAGUCCACGUAGUAGAAACAGACAGGGUUACGCGGACUAAUAACAACAGUAACCUGCUCAUAAACACACAAUAUAUGUGUAUCGUAUGAUUAUAAUUGUUGCUUGUAGGAAUAUUUUUCAAACAUUGUACAUAGGACGUUUUUGUUUCAAACCACCUUGCAAUUAAAACAUGGCUAUUUGGGGAAAUACCAGUCGACUUGAGAGUACUUGAAUGAAUUGUAUCUUAAAAAGGAAUUUGGACCACUGUUUCGUGAUUCAUAACCCCACUGUGCUACUGAGAGGUACCGCUAGUUCUGAAAUGCUGUGAGUCUGAAGACAAUGAAGGUUUGCGUGUGUUUUGCGCGUUUGUGUGCGUGUUUUUCUGUUUUUCUCUCAAAUUUCUUAAAAGAUUAGUUCACUUCCAGAAUAAAAAUUUCCUCAUAAUUUACUCACCCCCCAUGUCAUCCAAGAUGUUCAUGACUUUCUUUCUUCAGCCAAAAAGAAUUGAGGUUUUUGAGGAAAACUUUCCAGGAUUUUUCCACUUAUAGUGGACUUCAAUGUUGGCCAACGGGUUAAAGGUUCAAAUUGCAGUUUCAGUGCAGCUUCAAAGGGCUCUACAUGAUCCCAGUCAAGGAAUAAGGGUCUUAUCUACCGAAACGAUCAGUCAUUUUCUAAAAAAAAAAAAAAAAAAAAGAAGAA